ACCUGCCUUUGUUUAGUAAUUAGUGUCCCCACCAGGUGUUUCGGUUAAUCACUCUCCUUUUAUAGUUUUCAGUCACCCAGCACUCGUCACUGGGUCAAUGUUCACCUUUCGCCACAUUUACCUUACUUCUUGUUUUUCACCACGCUUACGUGUUUUUCCGUACUCUAGAACUCCUCGCUGUUCUCCCUUGGUGACAAUUAGAUAUUUUUUUUUGCUCCACGCUCGUUUAGCGUCUGAGCUUUUUGUAUUUUGUUGUCCUGCCUAAGGUAAUUAAAACUCAAACCUACCUGCACGCUGCUCCUGCUUGCCUUUCUGCAUUGGAGGGAACACGACCAUCGCAGCCGUGCCAUCCCAACGCCAGAUGUGGUACCGUGCUUCAUCACUCCCCUCCCACUUCUUCUCUUCCACCGCACAGACCUCCCCUCCCCAUCCUCGCUCUCUCGUUCUCUCUCUCACACACACACACGCACACACACACACACACACACACACACACACACACACACACUCUCUCCUCCGGACUACACGCUGCAGCAAGCCCAGGACAAAGACUUUGAAGAGAGCUACAAGACAAGUGUCUCCCAGCUGACGCCGCAGUGGACAUUUCCCGCCUGGUCGGAGGACGCGUCAUCAUGAACUCUGCCUGCUACUUCUUGCCUGUUGCUCUCAUCCUGAUGGUGAGCCCUGGCUCUAUUACUGCAGUUUCAACCAGAAGGUGUCAUUCCAUCUACAAGAGCUUUGCCCGUUGUCUCAUGGCUUUGGGCGACAGUAUGACGGACAACACAGGCAAGGGCGAAGACACACAUGAGAUACAUUCCAUCUGCAGGUCUUGGGAUGAGUUUCAUGACUGUGCCAACGCAGCGAUGGCCGGCUGUCCGGAAGAAGCAGCGACCGUGUGGGAGUCUCUCCGCCAGGAAUCCAAGAAGAUGCAGUUUUCAGGAAACCUCUACGACAUGUGCUCCAACCGCAACAGUCACACAUUAUCCUCUGCGUCCCCGCCUGGUUCCCACAUCCAGGGAGAGCUCAACCAAGAGUCUUUAAAAGGGCGAGUCGGUCGUGUGUCAGUCUGCUACCGCCUUCUCCUGCUUAUGUCUUUUCUUCUGCUACACCUGCUUUAAAGUCAACUCCCUCAACAAGGGGACUUUUGAAAAUAUGAACUAGGUGCAUCCUUCUCUCCAACGUCCAGCCCUGUUCACCUUUUCCUCAACAUUAGCAGAGAGGAUUGCUCGCUUUCUUUCUGUAUUUCAUAAUCUCUUUUCAUACAGCCAUAACGGGACACUGUGCUAAACUGCAACAUGUAUAUACAGUAGUUAAACAGAUGUGUGUAGCAGCUGAGGCAGAUGUGUACACAAAUGCUCCUCUGCGACCGCAAAUUGUCACUGUGUUCUCCCGGGACUCCAUGCUUGAUAAGUCCGACCCAGUUUAUGAGCCAACGCAUAACAUUCCUGGAUUGAUCAGAUCCCACUAGAAUUUAAAACUGCCCCACUCAAAAUGCAUCCAGUCAGUGCACAUAAUAAUGCUAUUGCAAUUUUCUCUUCGGUUCUACUGAUUACAGGAAGAACUAUCUUGGAAAAUAAUAUCAAUUUCAUCUUUUGUCUCAAUACACAUUCUACCUAAAAGGUACGGAGGGUCAAAUGAAACAACGUUAAAAAAAAACAACAAAUCUUUUAAAAUACAGUCAUUACUUUGUUUGUCAUUAAUCGUAAUUGGAAUCAAAGGGAAACUAAACUGCUCUUGUUUUGGAAUUUUGUCUUAUCAUUCACAAUCAUUACGUAAAACAACAAGAUAGAUGUCCGUCCAUCCAUCCAUCCGUUUUC